CUCUGCUCACUAGGGUCCCGGGCGGCGUCUGCGCGUACCAAACUCAGGCUCUGUGAGGAGGGGUAAGAGGGACAGUGGGCAGUGCCCCACAGCCCUGUCUGCAGGAGUCCUAGUACCUGACCGUCAGAGGCUUCGGUGCUGCGGGGUUCUGUACUCAGCCCCAUUUCUUACCUCUCUAGUUCUGGACCAGUUGGGAGAGUCCCCCACACCAGAGACAGACUGACUUCGCACGAGUAUGCACACGUGGGCUGUAAGCAUGUUUCAAGAACUGGGCUUCGAGCAAGCAUAGGGCGCCCUGGGAAGGCGCGGGACCUGAAAUCCCGGCUCGCCUGUCUGCCGAGUGCCAAGAAACCCACCACGUCCAGGCCUUUGAACUUGUGGGAGUGAAGUCUCUCCAGCUGGGCGUGGCGAGCUUAUGGAGUGACUGAAGGAGAUGUGCUGAGCGCGCCCAUGCUCUCCGGGUCACGCAGCCCUGCCUGCACCCAGGGAACCUCUGCCCAGGGUCCGAGCAAACACAGACACUAAACAAAUCUAAAGGAAUUGGAAACCAAGCAAGCAGAAACAGAAUAUGCAACAGCGACUGUAUGUGGGCACAGAGACUGAAAUAUCUGCCAUCUGGCUCUUCACAGAAAGACAGAAACCAUCUCCGCCAGUCAAGAAGCCCUCAGAAGUCCUUUGCCAUGGACACAGAAGAUGAAGAAAACAUGAGUUCGAGCAGCACAGAUGUUAAGGAAAGCUGCAGCCUGGACAGCGUGCCCCCCAAGGACGGCAGCGCCCCCGGGCCUGGCGAGGGCGCCCCCCUCUCCAACGGGGGUGGCGGUGGCGCCAGCCGGAAGCGGCCCCUGGAGGAGGGCAGCAACGGCCACGCCAAGUUCCGCCUGAAGAAGAGGCGGCGGCCGCCCGGGCCCGCGCUGCCCAAGAACGCCCUGAUGCAGCUGAACGAGAUCAAGCCUGGCCUGCAGUAUGCGCUGCUCUCGCAGACCGGGCCGGUGCACGCGCCCCUGUUCGUCAUGUCCGUUGAAGUAAACGGGCAGGUGUUUGAGGGCUCUGGCCCCACCAAGAAGAAGGCCAAGCUGCACGCUGCCGAGAAGGCCCUGCGGUCUUUCGUGCAGUUCCCCAACGCCUCCGAGGCGCACCUGGCCAUGGGGAGGACCCUGUCCGCCAACACGGACUUCACGUCCGACCAGGCCGACUUCCCCGACACGCUCUUCAACGGCUUCGAGACCCCAGACAGGUCGGAAAUACCCUUCUACCUGGGCUCCAACGGGGACGACUCCUUCAGCUCCAGCGGGGACCUCAGCUUGGCGGCGUCCCCGGCGCCCGCGAGCCUGGCACAGCCUCCUCUCCCCGGCCCUCCGCCGUUCCCACCACCGAGCGGGAAGAACCCCGUGAUGAUCCUGAAUGAGCUGCGGCCGGGGCUCAAGUACGACUUCCUGUCCGAGAGCGGGGAGAGCCACGCCAAGAGCUUCGUCAUGUCUGUGGUGGUGGACGGCCAGUUCUUCGAGGGCUCAGGCAGGAACAAAAAGCUCGCCAAGGCCCGGGCUGCGCAGUCCGCACUGGCAGCCAUUUUUAAUUUGCACCUGGAUCAAACACCGUCUCGCCAGCCCAUCCCCAGCGAGGGCCUUCAGUUACAUUUGCCGCAGGUGUUAGCCGAUGCCGUGGCCCGCCUGGUGCUGGAUAAGUUUGGCGAUCUGACGGACAACUUCUCCUCUCCUCACGCACGCAGGAAAGUUCUUGCCGGCAUCGUCAUGACAACAGGCACAGAUGUGAAAGACGCCAAGGUGAUCAGUAUUUCCACGGGGACAAAGUGCAUCAAUGGCGAGUACAUGAGUGACCGUGGCCUUGCAUUAAAUGACUGCCAUGCAGAAAUUAUAGCUCGGAGAUCCUUGCUUAGAUUUCUUUAUACACAACUUGAGCUUUACUUAAAUAACAAAGACGAUCAAAAACGGUCCAUCUUUCAGAAGUCUGAGCGGGGAGGGUUUAAGCUGAAGGAGAGUGUUCAGUUCCAUCUGUACAUCAGCACGUCUCCCUGUGGGGACGCCAGGAUCUUCUCACCGCACGAGCCGAUCCUGGAAGAACCAGCGGACAGACAUCCAAACCGCAAAGCCAGAGGACAGCUGCGGACGAAAAUAGAGUCUGGCGAAGGCACAAUUCCCGUGCGAUCCAAUGCAAGCCUCCAGACGUGGGACGGGGUGCUGCAGGGCGAGAGGCUGCUCACCAUGUCCUGCAGCGACAAGAUGGCGCGGUGGAACGUGGUGGGCGUGCAGGGGUCCCUGCUCAGCAUCUUCGUGGAGCCGAUCUACUUCUCGAGCAUCAUCCUGGGCAGCCUCUACCACGGCGACCACCUCUCCAGGGCCAUGUACCAGCGGAUCUCCAACAUAGAAGACCUGCCCCCGCUGUACACGCUCAACAAGCCUCUGCUCAGCGGCAUCAGCAACGCGGAAGCACGGCAGCCGGGGAAGGCACCCAACUUCAGCGUCAACUGGACGGUGGGUGACGUGGCCAUCGAGGUCAUCAACGCCACGACAGGGAAGGACGAGCUGGGCCGUGCGUCCCGCCUGUGUAAGCACGCCUUGUACUGUCGCUGGAUGCGUGUGCACGGCAAGGUUCCCUCCAACUUACUACGCUCCAAGAUCACUAAGCCCAAUGUGUACCAUGAAUCCAAACUGGUAGCAAAGGAGUACCAGGCCGCCAAGGCGUGUCUGUUCAAAGCGUUCAUCAAGGCAGGGCUGGGCGCCUGGGUGGAGAAGCCCACGGAGCAGGAUCAGUUCUCUCUCACACCCUGACCGGGGGCGUGGCGCGGAGGCUGCCCACGUCCGGCGCGGUCUCCGGAGCCUCACGUCUCAGCUGGGGGCGGGCGUGCACUUUGGGGAGGGCAGGGAGGGCAGGGAGGGCGUGGGGUCCAGCAUCACCACUCGAUGUCCCUCUGCAGCAGUGUUACCCCUUGGAAUUACCCAGUGACUGCUUUCUAUCUCUGUUUACGUUUAGAAAUUGAGUUCUACUGAGUAGGGCUUCCUUAAGUUUAGGGAAAUAGAAAUUACUUUGUCUGAAAUUUUUGAAUAAAUAAUUUAUUCAGCGUUAGGAACGUGGUUUAUAAAGUAAUUAUAUCAAGUCACUCUUAGGCCACGUUAUUUUAAUGCAGAAGAGCACUUAUCUGUAGAGAAGGUGAGAAAGUAGAGGUAGGAAGAAGCCUGAAGUCACAGCCGUGCUGCCGGCGGGUCCCCCGGAUGGGCCGCGCGAUUGGCUUCCCUCAGCAGGUCCGCACAGCCCGGGAGAAGACCCCGCGGGAGGGGCCCGGCCCUGCGCUCGCACAAGUCCCCCAACUCCCUGGCGCAGUGACGGCGUGCGUCCAUGAGGGCACGGCCCAGAUCCCUGCAGCCUUCAGCCCCCCUAGAAGCUUCUGCACUCCUCCUAGAAUCACAUGGAAAACGCGUGUUGGUUCACCUCUCAGUAAUCAGAGAUAAAACAUGGGCAGUGAUCCUGGCCAUUCAUUUGAGGUCUUCAACAGUAUUUAACUUUUAGGGACUAGGAGGAAUCCGUAGGGGCUACUGCCCAAGAAUCAGCCUACAACUCCCUGUCUUCCUUGCUCUGAAUCUCAUGGAUGUGGAUAACUCUCCAGACAUCUUCACGGGAAGGAAAUAGAAUUAAUUAAGUAGAUAGACUCGUUCUUAGAAAAUGCCACUAAGGCAUAGUUUUAAAUUAUUCUUUCCAGCUUUAUCAAAGACAUGUUUGAAAGUCAGUAUUCAGGCUGGAAGCUGGUGAGGCAGUGUGCCACGGCCUCGUGCCCACCAGGGUCUGGACGUUGAUUGUCACGGCAGGGAAGGGGUGCUGCUGGUGCCCGGGGCGGCCCAGGGCCGCUGCUCCACACCCCAUGGCCCCCGGGGUGGUCCCGGGCUGAGCCAGCAGACGGUCAGGAGUGCGGGCAAGGGUCCCGGGGGGCACCUGGACCUGAGCUCAGAGAUUUGCACCGAUUGCCUUGUUGCUUCCACUCAGGAUCAGACAGGAGCCCGAGGGGCCGUCUUCAUGGAAGGGGGGGUCUUGUGGCGGCUGUAGGCAGUCGGGAGACCCCGCCCCACCUUGACGGACUCUGAAAACGCAGAACAGGAGCAGAGCCGCGGCUGUCACCUGGCCCAGACCCCACAUGCAGGAGCAGGAGACUCAGACCAGAAGCGCUGUGUCCCCCGCUCCCCCGCUCCGGCAGCGGUUCCUUGGGGGGCGGGGGCGGGGCUGGCGGGCUGCAGGGACCCCGGCAGAGCUCAGGCAGGCCCCCGUCAUGUGGAGGGGUGUGGUUUGGCUCAACGGGCUGCCGCCUUCUUUCCGCCUGAAGCAGGAAGGGUGUCAGCUGGUGUCGCCACCUCCCCAAGCAGGUGCUCCCACACACAGAACAUCUGUGAGCCCCUGUGUUUUUAUUCUCUUGAUAAAUGGUAUUUUUUCUAAUGGGGAUUGGGAGAUGGACUUAGUUUUUAAAAAAAAUAUGUGGAUUUUAAUUAAAAGUUGAGUGGGAAUGUAUUGCAUAUACACACACUACCCAGUAUGUCUGACUUCCUCCCUCUGUCGGCUAACAGUUGAGGUGACCACCGCCUCCCACCCCAAGUGAGGACAGCUGUCCUGUGUGCCGGUCCCCAGCGGACCCUGAGCUGUGUGGGCGCAGGACGGCCCGCGAGUGUCCAGACCCUGCAGGCGGGUCAGGAGGGAGCCCCGUCCACCUGUGGGCCCGCACAGCUCCCAGGACGGACCACUGGAGCAGAACAGAGGCAGAAACGUGACCUCCAGGAGACGGGUCAGGAGACUCAGCACUUGAAACGGUCCCUUCUGAGGCUUUGUGCACUGCACCCCAUUUCCCCCCAGGCGUUACUUUGCAUACAGUGCCCUUAAUCAGGAUUCUAGAGACUUAGAAAAUUUGACACAAUCAAGAACUUGAUUUUUUGAGAAAAAUCUUCAAUUUUGAGGACAUUUUGACCAUUGGGGGUUGGGAGGGUUCCCUUCUGUUUUGCUCACUAAACCUAUUCCACAAAGACACCGGCUGGCGGGCAUCUCUCCCGCCAGUGGAAGGCCCGAGUCACAGGGAUGCCUCAGCCGGGGUCAGGGGCUGUCCCUGCAGCAGUAUGAGCCCAGUGACGGGCGUCCCCUCUUCCCAGGCCAGGGAUGCCACAGGGCGCAAUUCUGAUUCUGAAUCAGAGUUUGAUUGACUCAUUUAAUCAGAAACAGUUAUUUUAAAAUGUGCAACAUCUCACCAGCCAUUCAUUUCUCUGGAAGUAUUUUUAUUCACAUGAUUUCCCUCAUACCCAGAAGACAGAAUCACUGCUUUCUUUGGAAAGACAGUGUUUCCUGUAAUUUCACAUAGUGACGCCGGGGGAGGGGGGGGGGGCAGCUCUCAGGCUCCACAAGGGGGAUAGACCUGAGGGUGGGGUCAGUGAAUGCUGUAGGGGAGGGCUGCACGCCCGCCCCUUUUUCUCAAAACACAAAACCAAAUCAGACCGGUCCUUUUUAUUUCUGAAACAUUCUACACCAAAAUAUAGGGUCUACCCCGACCGUAAAUUUGAUCUAGCAAGAGAAAUAGAAUCAGCUGGCUUUCCCGUCUCUGUAAUCUAUGAAAUUAGAGAAUCUCUCAAAAGAUGCCCUGUUCUCAACCCCCAACCAUGUAAGUGGAAAGGGCAGAGUAUUUGUGACCGCGCACGCACGCACGUCCAGUGUUGUCUGCCCUUGUCUCCUGGCGUGUCCUGUGACCCUCUCUCCAGCCACGUGGCCAGUCACGUCCUCAGGGCCGGCAAGGAUAGGGUCUGGCUCGAGCCUGACACGUAGCUGUCCUCUGGAGCUGCUGUGUGCACUUGUUCCCUGUUUGCAGGGCUGAGCCCCCAGCCCCCAAAACACUUAGCUUGGCCACGCCAUGGGCUGAUGGUACAUCAGGAGCCGACGCCCGUCCUUCUGGACGUGACCACGAAUGUUUAAAGGCAGUUUGUGGAAUGUUUGUAGAAUGAGCCCGGAAGCAGUUUGCUUCUCCAGAUACUGGGUUAUAUGCUUUUAUUUUAUUUUAUUUUAGAAUUUGGACACUUCAUAUGAAUGUAAUUCAGCCAAGAACCCUAUCGCUCAGAUCCACUCCCCAGUGUCCUCUGUAUGUUUGUUGAUGUAUAUACCACACGUUACAAUCUGCAUGAGCUACCCCUCGCACCGAGACCAGCCGGAACCAAGCAUGAGACGCUGUCCUAUAGACAAAGGAUUGGAGAUGUUCUCAAUAAAAGACACAGUGUUCCACC